UUCUUGUUAUUACAGCGUGCUUCUUCGUGAUGUCGAAUAAUGGAAAUUGGUAAUAGUCUUUUGGAUUGUAUCUAUAAAAAUAUUGUACACAAUUUUACUCGCUGUUUAUAUUUUCAAGUAACAUGUAUUACUUGGACGUUUCUUUAGAACUCACAGACUCUUCGAACAUAGAAAUUGGUCAUGUAUACUUAAAGAAAAACAUAUUACAAGCAGUGAAGCAAUUGUUUGGAGAAGAAGGAGCCAAGUCUAUGAUAGACAUAUUAAAGUACAACAUCGCAGAACGUAGAUUCGUUCUACGUUGUAACAAUGACUUUUAUAUCCAACUACGAGCAUCUCUAACAGUGGCAAGACAGUUCGAAGGCAAGCCAUGUGUGUAUCACGUACACAGAGCAUCAUCGAAUCUACUUUCAUUUGUUGGUGACAGUAGAAACUACAAACACGAAUGAGUGACAUUUUCGCGGACGUUUUUAUACUUUUUAUAUUUUCAUCGCUAUACCGUGAUAUCAGUGAUUUAAAAAAAGUGACUACGAAGGAAAUCUCUUCAAGAUUUGGAAUAAUUUGCUUGGAAACAUAUCAUUCAUAGUUCUCUUUAUCUAUUUUCUUUCUUUCCUUUUUAUUUAUUUUUUCUUUCGAAUUGAGAUUUGUACUUACCGCGUUAUUCGAAUUAGUAAAGUUUUCGACCGAUAGAGGGCGUUCAGUGAGAGUAACGAGCGUCCUACGUUACGUAGGCGGUCCAGUGACGUCAGCUGUUAUCUCCCCUCCCCUCUUAAGAGUCGGCUCACCCGAUUAGUCGUUCAUACGCACAACAUUCCGUGGACAGCAGCACCACCAACACAGUGGCAGCUUACUUGGAUAGUAGAUAAAGAGAGAGAGAGAGAUAGAUAGA